AUGGCUUCUCUCGCCAUCCUCCUCCUCUUGGCGCGCUUCUCCAGCUCCAUCGCCGUCUCCUCCAACUCCUACAUCUCGAGGAGCGCCGAGCAGCAGGUCAUCGCCACCGUCGCGCCGGCCAUUGUUCCUGACGUCGACGGCCAGAGCGCGCAGCCGUUCCUCACCUCGCCCUCCGGGUCGUACGCCGCGUACCUCCGCCGCGCGGUGGACGCCGCCGCCGGCCUCGGCGGGGACGCGUGCUAUGUCCAAGUCCAGCAGGCGGGCGUCGGCGCCGGCAGCGGCAGCUUGUGGGAGUCGGACUGCACGCCGGUGGGCGGCGCCGACGCGUGCGACCUCGCGUUCUCGCCGGUGGGGCUCGAGCUCUUCGCCGGCGGGCACUCGUUGUGGGACACCGGGGUCGACGGCAACCCUGGGACGCUGAGCCUUGACGACGUCGGCGACAUGAAGAUUGUUAGCAAGGAAGGUGUGACGGUGUGGACGGCGAGCGGCGAGCCAUGGACGGGGCAGCAGUGCGGGGCGCCCUUGCCGGUGUCAUCGGCACCUUCGGUGGACAGCGUGCUUCCACCGCCGUCGGCCGCCGGCGCGAAGCUUGUGACGCCGCCGUCAGCGACUCUUGCCGGUGCAGGGAGCACGGACUUUCCUUCCGGAGACCAACCAGCGCCGCCACCAGUCGACACGCUGCCCGACUUGCCCGUCCAGCCGCCCGUCGACACAGCGCCCGAGCAGCCACUGUCGCCGCCGCCAGCAGACGCGUCUCCCGACUUGCCGGACCUGCCGUUGCCGCCGCCGCCGGCUUACACGUCUCCCGACUCCCCAGACCAGCCGCUGCCGCCACCCCCGCCAGCUGACAUGUCGCCGGACGAGCCGCUGUACUCGUCUCCACCUCCUGCUCCGUCUACCUCUGGCCCUGACCCUGACACGCCAGUGCCACCUUUCGGCGUGCCGCUCGCCGCCCCGCCGACCGGCGCCUCGUCACUCCCAGGCACCGCCACGUCGCCUGGCGAGCCAGGCUCACCAGGCGGCGUGCCCUUCUCGGGACCAUCGCCUGCGGGCAUGCCGCACCCGCACGGGCCGGCGCAUCCGCACCAGCUGCCGCUCGGAGCCUCGCCGCCGCUGCCGGACGCGGUGGCGCCGGGCGUGCACGGCGGGGGGGCCGGGAAGCCCGGGGUCCCCUUGGGCCACGGGCAGCAGCCAGAGGAGCAAGGCGUGUUCGGCCAGCAGCCGCAGCUGCUCAACGGCGAGGGACACUCGCUGGAGGAGAGCUCCGGCGGCUGGUCGGGAAGCGAGCGCGGCAGGGUGGCCGCGUGCAUGGCCUUGCUCGCUGCGAUGACAUUGGGCUUUGGCUUUUAGUUUGUUUUUUCUUUUCGUGGUUUUGGGAUUGGAUGAUCAUUUCUGUAGUGUUACUCUCUGAUGGUCUGAUCUGGGGCUACCGGGCUGUGGUCUGUUUUGUGGAUUGUGGUGAAUUCUGUGUAAAACAUGUUAUGGUUAGCUGCCUGAUUUAUCUUGUAGGAUAGUAUGAUGUACCGUAUGUAUGCUGCUGCUUUUGUGCAUUAUCGUGUAUACGUGUCAAAUUUGAGCACGAUUCGUGAAUUUGAA